AUGGCAUUAUUUGGGGCACUCAAAGACCGGGCGUUUUCCACGCUUGGCCAGGUGUUUGAUAUGCCCCGAGGUCCUACACUUUCACGGGAUGAGAAAUUAUGUCAGGAAUUCAAUCUCCCGCCAGGGGAAACGGUGGUGAGUGAGAUGUUGGUCGAAAUUGGUUUGCGACUGGAGUACAACAAGGAAGCAUAUAAGAACUUACCUUUCCCUCAGGGAAGAAUGUUUUUAACGCAACACUUCCUCUGUUUCAAAGACGCCUACGACAAACGCAAUUGUCUGUUCUCCCUUCAUCUCUCCACCAUCAAGAAAGUCGAGCGGCUCCCGCUGCUGGAAUACGGAUUUGCUCUCACGAUUAUAACCUAUUCGAAACUUCAUGUUACCCUCUACAUGAUUGGCUUACGGCUGGAAUGUGAACGGGCAGCAGUCGCAUUCAGGGAAGUGCUCAAAGCUAAUCUUCCGGAAGUGCGUAAACUUCAACCAUUCAUACAAUCAUGCUACCUGGAGUUCUUGUUGGUGAAAAACAAAAUUACCACAGAGAAGGUUCUGGAAAUUCCACCUGGUGGGCUAGGGUUGGUGUACAAGUUCCCGGGUGAUCCUAAAGAAUCGAAGGAUAAGCAGAAGAUGAAGUUGUGGUUUGACCUAUUUCGUACAGACGGCCGCAAUUUAUCUCAAAUCAAAACGCCCAUGUUCUACCGACUUGUUCGCGUGGGUCUCCCCAAUCGCUUGAGAGGUGAAGUUUGGGAACUUUGUGUGGGAUCGAUGUAUACUCGUCUUGAUCAUCAAGGGGAGUAUCAGAAAUUACUUGACGAUAACAAAGAUAAGCAAUCUGUUGCAAUUGAAGAAAUUGAAAAGGAUUUGAACCGACUGUUACCCGAGUACGCUGCUUACCAAACGGAAGAGGGUAUUGGCCGCUUACGGCGAGUAUUGACAGCAUAUCUGUGGAAGAACCCUGAAUUGGGCUAUUGUCAAGCAAUGAACAUUGUUGUUGCUGCAUUGCUUAUCUAUAUGUCUGAAGAACAAGCAUUUUGGGCGUUGGAUAUGUUGUGCGAUCGCGUGGUACCAGGAUAUUACCUGAAAACCAUGUACGGUACAUUACUCGAUCAGAGAGUGUUUGAGCUGUUGGUAGAAAACACGAUGCCCAUUCUCUGGAACCACAUUACCAAGUAUGAUAUUCAAUUGCUGGUGGUAUCCUUACCGUGGUUCCUUUCGCUUUACUUGCUGCUGAUGCCGCUUGUGUUUGCUUGUCGUAUCUUGGAUAUCUUCUUCCUUCAGGGUCCUAAGACCCUAUUCCAAGUAGCUCUUGCCAUUCUCAAGAUUAAUGGCGAGGAGCUUUUGCAACAAGAAGAUGAUGGAAUGUUCAUUUCCAUCAUUAAGCACUACUUCCAUACCCUUGACGAACUGGCACAUCCCGAUGCCAAGAACCCGAAAUAUCGUGCCAUUACGAAGUUUCAAGAGUUACUUGUUACCGCAUUCAAGGAAUUCUCCACAAUUGAUGAUGAGAUCAUCAACAGGCACAGAAACCGUUACCGCGAUUCAAUUUUUUCGAACGUGCUGACCUUUGUGAAGCGUACGGAUAUUCGAAAUUUGCCUCGUACGGUUACUUUGACUGCAAGUGAUCUUUCAAACUUAUACGACAGAUUUUACACCGUGGUCGAGCUGGAGAGUGCUCUCACUGGUGGUGCAUCACUGCUGAUGGACUUUGUUGCCUUCCGUCGGUUUAUGGCCAGUGUCACUGACUGGGUGAAUGAUGCCGAUGGUGAGCACCCGGUGCAAACCCACUUCCUUCAUCGUUUGUUUGAUCACUGGGAUCGCGAUAAACAUGGUACAUUAACGUUGGGCGACAUUGUUUCUGGACUUGAUAAGCUUUGUGAUCCUGACCUUAUGGCACUGAUCGAAAACUUCUUCGAAUUAUAUGCCAAUAAUCCGCGUAAACAGGGGAAGAUUGAUCGUGAAACGAUAUUGCAAAUGCUGGAAGAUUUGCUCUUCAUUACCAGUCCCUGGAAAGAAGGCAGAUUACUUGACAGAAUUACCCAGCAUGAGAUUGAGCGGUUUGCACUGAAGCAAGUACAGGAUGAUGAAAAGUGUGAUAACACUGGGACAAUUGAAGUUGACCGUACUCCUUUUGAGUCUCAACAGAUUGAAAGAUAUCUUCAGCUGGCAUCACAAUUUCUUCAACGGGCGUUUGAGUACGCUCAGCCCGAUGAUGAAGAAUUGCUUAUCAAAGAACUUGCAAUGGAACUGACGAUCAGCCAUAACGCAGCUCUCAAUCCCAAUGCCCCGGUGGUGCUUACUCUUCCAACAUUCCGCAUGGUGAUUCUUGCCGAUGAAACGUAUGAGCUCUUCUUCGCUUUUACCUUACGUGAACUGUUCCAUUUAUCGAAAGAAAUUGAUACCGAUUUGAAUCUGAUGAGAACCUUAAGAGUCAUGUUUGAUGGUUUGCUUGCCGACGGUAGAACCUUGGCACUGAGAGUCAGACGGAGAGUUGAUCUGUCAGCUCUGAGUAUCAAGCCGGACGUGAUUCUGAUCAAGCUGAAACCAGACGACGAAGAUGAGGAUAUGAUAACUAUGGAUAUUGAUGAUAAGGAGAAGGAUACCUUGUUAGGAACUGAGGGACAUAUAAAAUUAAAACGGCCCGAAUUGAGAACUGGGUCAAGUGAAAACAUCCAAAAGUUCAGAGAACACAUCAAGCCUGAGGACGACAAUUUGAUAGAGUUUGAAACUUAG